CCAUCCCACAUUUUAAGAGAAAAGUGUCAAAUUAGUCCAUCUACUUUUAUCAAAAAGUCAAUUGAGUCCAUAUACUUUUUAACGAAUCAAUCAAGUACAUGAACUAUAAAAAAACAACCAAAUUGGCUUUUUUGUAGGUGAUCAACCGGUAUCCCGGUUGACGGCCUACGUGGAAUGCACAGUGGCUUUUUCUAUUUUUUUUCCUUUUCUUUUCUCUCUCUUUCUUAUUUUCUUCUCUUCUUUCUUCUUGCUCCUCUUCCUUACCCGUUCCACUGGUUCCAGGCUUCCACCGUCCAACGCUCCAACCUGCCACCAUUUCCUUUCUUCUCUCUCUUUCUUCUUCCGUCCACCUGUUUCGAGUUCCAGACUUCUCACCCCCUCAUUCUUCCUUCUUUUCUCUUUCACCGAAUAUACCCCCUUCUUGUUUGUUCUUCCUGGAAAUUUGAAAUUGGAGGUUUUGAUGUCAAGCACGGAUUAAUUGACCUAGAUUGAAUGUCUCCAGGCAAAGCCGAAGUCGGGCACGGGAGGAAGACGACGAAUUAGGGCAAAUGUUGCAGCGGCUUGGACACUGCUUCAACGUCGCCGAGCGAAGAAGAAGGUAGGCACUCGAGCCAUUUCCGGCUUGGGGUAAGAUCAGAUCGAAAAAGCUAUAUCCAAGAGAAAGACGAAAGUGGAAAAUGGAAUUGAGGGGAGAAGGGGACCGAUGCAGGUUGGGCGAGGACGAUGGACCUGGAACGUGAAAGAAGAACGGAGAAAGAACAAAGAGAGAAACAGAGAAGAAAAGAAAAGAAAAUGCACAAAAAAUUGUGAACAGUAAAAAACUCCCACUUGGACGAUACACGUAAGCUAUGUAACUUGAAACCUGUUCGUUACCUAUAAAAAAUAGAAUUUGGUUGUUUUUUGACAGUUCAUGGACUUAAUUGAUUCGGUUAAAAGUAUAUGGACUUAAUUGACUUUUUGAUAAAAGUAGAUGGACUUAUUUGACACUUUUC